CCGCCAAGGCCGGGCAUUAACGGAGGUCGUCCGUCGCGACACUCUAUCCGGCUCUAGACCCGUCGAUCGGAUCUCUGUUAUCUCCACGAUGAUGAUCAUUCCAUCCUGCACUGCGGAGAACGGGGCAGUGCAAGCGUGGAGAUGAGAGCUGCCUGGCUGACGGUCGACGAUUGCUCCCAAAGCACGACAGCCUCGCCGCGCUCGCCCAUGGCGGCAGCAGUACCACUGCCCCGACUGGCACAGCGUCUGGCAAUUGUCAUGCAGGCAGCGGUGCAACCUGAUGAGGCUGCCUCGACUCAACGACGGAGGCAUGCCGAGAGGCGGACGGCGGGAGCUGAAAGGCGGGAUGCCGCGGAGCAGAGGUGCAAUGUCGCACGCCGGGAAGUUGCACGAGCUUGGCAGAGGCCUCCGGAGCUAGCAAUGAAAGGACUGACGGUGGUGACGGGAGACGACGGGAGGCGCUUUCUUGUCUCUGUGGAUCCUCUUUCCGUCGCGGUGUGUGCCAAGAGAUGCGGAAUCUUGUUUUCUUGGCAGCCAAGCCCGCGAUGCCUUCCGCUCCUCCCCACCGAUUCCCUGUCACGCCUGUCUCGCAGUUGCCCGCGCCCGCCACCACCACCCCCCGUGACGACCAGCGAGCAGUCCGGUGCUCUUUCCGUCGUUAUUGGGGCCCCGUUCUUCAUUUCGCCAUGCCAAUGUACGCCGCGUGUUUGGCGAUAAAAUAUCAACGUCAACGUACCGUUCGCAGUGUACAAGCUUACCCACUUCACAGCCACAAAGUUUGGCAUCCGCGUUGCGGUCCGCCGGCUUGGCUGGCGCCCGUGUCUCUGCUUUCUCUUGCUUCUGGGCUACACCGCUCCUAGUGCAAAAACGCCAUGCUUGGCACCAUGGUGAUCGAUUCGUGCCCGACGCUUCUUGCUGCGCCUUCUGCUAUUUUCCCUGAGCUCCAAAGUCAGGAGUUGCCGU